AUGACCGAAACGGCGCCCCCCCCCCCCGCUGCGGACAGACCCACCUCAGCAGGCACAAAGGAUGGGCGGAGGAGCCGCGGCUCUUCCUCCCCGCCCGGGCCCCCACGGGCCCCGGCCCUCCGCCCGCGCCACGACAGCCAGGGGGAGCUGCGCCCCCGCCCCUCCACCGCUUUCGCGCCCCUCGGUCCAGGCCCGGGCCAUUCCGGGGAGGCGCAGCCGCGCCCUCCGCUCCGAGCGACGCCGCGGGCCGGUGUGGCCGGGCCUCCUGCGCUGGGCGGAGGCCGGCGCCGGGACCGCUCCGCCACCGGCCGCCGGAGCCCCAGAGCGCGCCUUUGUCUUGCUCGCCGGCCGCCCCCGCCCCAGCUCGCCCGCGCAAGCCUGCCCGACUCACCGAGCAGGGAGCGUCCGGGCGGCUCCGCCUCCGGCUGCCACUGCGGCCGCCGCCUUCGUCCCCGAGCCCGCCAGCGGCCGCCGCGCUGGGCCGCCCCUCCACGCCGCGGCGAGAAGCGGCCGCCGCCGCCCCUCCCUGCUCGGCGCAGCAGCAGGCGGCGAGCGCGGCGCUUGGGUCGAGGCAGCCGCAAGCUGCGCCCCGCCCGCCCCCCGCGCAGGCCUCGGGCGCCAAUCACCGGUGCGCUCGCUCGCUCGCCCGCUCGCCGCCGCGCCGCCCCCGCCGCGCCCUCGGCCACCACUCCUGCCUGGGCGGCUCCCUCGGGGCGCUCCCGCAUCCCCGCCUUACCUGCCGGCAGCAGAACCGCGUUCGGGGGCCGGCGCCGCGGGCCGGCUGCGCGGCUUCUCCCCGGCCCCGGAGACACGCGCGCGGCGCGUCCCUGUGCCUUCCGCCCGGGCGGCGGGGAGAGCCGUCGUCUGGCGCGCUCGCGGGGCCCGGCGGCUUUCACGCGCGCCGCCUCCGCGGCCGGCUGCCCCUGGCGGCGCCUCUGCCGGCCCGCACUCUGCCUGCGCCCGGGGCGCGCCCCCUCUCCGCCCCCGGAGAUGCCGCAGCCCGUCUCCGUCUCCGUCGCCGGCACGGGCGGCAGCCCUGUUCUGAGGGCGCGCGCUCUCCGCCGCUUCGCCGCGUAA